GCCCCUAAACAUUAUUAGGUUUCUGGAAUGGGAUAUAAUAACUGGUAUGGUGAGGAAUUUUGUUUUUUUUUUCAUUCUUGGGCAUUUUUUUCGUGACUGAACAUUAUUUGAUAAGUCAAUUUUGUUUGUGUCGACUACCGAGUAAUGGGCCUAAAAAUUUCCUUAAAUUAUGCGCACUAAAUGAUCGCCGGUUCAAAUUGUGGCGUUUAGUGGCAUAUAAGUAUAUAAAGAUAGUUGACUGUAUGCAUACUAUAAAUGUGAGACACACGUGUGACAUUCUCAUAACUUUUCUCUUCGUCCCACUUCUCAUAUUCUCAGUCACCGAGUCGAGUCGUGAAAGAAGCAAAGAUACGCUCUUCACCGAACUCCAAAACUCAAUCGAGGUCACCGCUAAACUUGUAAAAUAUAGUGGAGAUCAUGAACAUCCAUACUCUCCUCUUCGUCUCAGUCCUCAUAUUCUCACUCACCGAGUCGAGUCGUGGAAGAAACAAAGAUAGACUCUUCACCGAGCUCCAAAACUCAAUCGAGGUCACCGCUAAACCUGUAAAAGAUAGUGGAGUUUUAGAAGGUGGAAAAGAUAUGGUGACAAUUACAUGGAAGCUAAAGUCGUCAACCAAGGUCGACAUGGAUGCUGCCUUCAAGACAAUCCAAAUCAAGCUUUGUUAUGCACCGAUCAGCCAAGUUGAUAGACCAUGGCGGAAGUCUGAUAACAAACUCUCUAAGGACAAUAGUUGCCCUCACGAGAUUGUGUCCAAGCCAUACGACAUGACCCCCCAAUCACUCGAUUGGACCGUCGAACGUGAUAUCCCCACUGGAACCUAUUUCGUACGUGCCUAUGGAAUUGAUGGAGAUGGCCACGAAGUAGCAUACGGACAAAGCACAGAUGAGGGAAGGACGACAAAUCUCUUCAGCGUUCAGGCCAGUGGUCAUCACGUGGCGCUCGACAUAGCAUCCAUAUUUUUCAGUGUCUUCUCCGUUGUUUCUGUGUUUGUCGUCUUUGUCAUGGAGAAGAGGAAGGCCAAGUUUGAGCAAAGGAGGUGAGUGGAUUUAACUAUCAAGUAUGAGGUCUUUUGUUAAGUCGAAUAAAAAAAACGUUUUACUUCAUGUCGUUGUGUUUUUUUGUUUCCGUUGUGUUAAAAAUAAGUACUGUUUAUUGUUUCACUUUCUCUUUUCUUUUUUUUUGCUGUAUUUGUGUAAGCAUCAUCCGGUUAAUUAUCCAAUUAAAGCCAAAUCAAAUCGUAA